AUGGAGAACUCGGUGGCCCCCUGCGUCCUCUACCCGGGAGAUGACCGCGUCCGCGGGGCCCACGGAGCGCGCAGCCAGGCCGGGACGCCCGGAGAGGACAGCCUGCCGCUGCCGGCCGCGGGGGAGGACGCUGCGUCCCCAGCGCAGACACCCUGCAGUCUCCGCGCGUCGCUGUGCUUCCGCUCCGGGGACGACUCCCCGCCGCAGUCGCGCGCCGCCGCCGCCGAGGGCGCCGCCGCCUCCACGACCUCCAGCCGCAGCGGCCGGCGCGUGGUGGAGACGCAGUGGGAGGUGAGCAGCGCGGGCGCCGCGUCCCCGGAGGAGCUCACGUCCCCGGAAGAGUCCGUGUCCCCCGAGGAGCGCGCGCGCCCGGAAGAGCUCGCGUCGCCACCGGAGCCCGAGUCCCCGGAAGAGCCCGCGUCCUUGGACGAGCUCGGGGAGCUCGUGCCUGUGUCCCCCGGGGUGGGGCCCGCGCACGGGGAGCCCGACCUGGUCAUCGAGGUGGCCGGCCGCCGGCUGCGGGCGCACAAGGCGGUGCUGGCGGCGCGCAGCGACUACUUCCGCGCGCGCGCCUCCCGGGACGUGCUGCGGGUGCAGGGCGUGAGCUUCGCGGCGCUGCGCCUGCUGCUGGCCGACGCGUACAGCGGUCGCAUGGCGGGCGUGCGGCCCGACAACGUGGCCGAGGUGGUGGCCGGCGCGCGCCGCCUGCAGCUGCCCGGUGCCGCGCAGCGCGCCACCGACGCCGUGGCGCCGCAGCUGAGCCUGGCCAACUGCUACGAGGUGCUGAGCGCGGCCAAGCGGCAGCGGCUGGCGGAGCUGCGCGACGCCGCCUACCGCUUCAUGAGCGACCACUACCUGGAGGUGCUGCGCGAGCCCGCCGUGUUCGGGCGCCUGUCGGGGGCCGAGCGCGACCUGCUGCUGCGCCGCCGCCUGCGCUCCGGCCGCGCCUGCCUGCUGGCCGCCGCGCUCGGGCCGGCCGGGGAGCGCGCGGGGAGCCGCCCGCAGAGCCCGUCGGGGGACGCGGAGGCGCGCGGCGACGCGGCCGUCUACUGCUUCCGCGCGGGGCCCGGCGAGUGGCGCGAGCUGACGCGGCUGCCCGAGGGCGCCCCGGCGCGCGGCUGCGGCCUCUGCGUGCUCUACAACUACCUCUUCGUAGCCGGCGGCGUGGCGCCCGCGGGCCCCGAUGGCCGCGCGCGACCGUCCGACCAGGUCUUCUGCUACAACCCGGCUACCGAUCGCUGGAGCACCGUGCGGCCGCUGCGCCAGGCGCGCUCGCAGCUGCAGCUGCUGGCCCUGGACGGCCACCUGUACGCCGUGGGCGGCGAGUGCCUGCUCAGCGUGGAGCGCUACGACCCGCGUGCCGACCGCUGGGCCCCCGUGGCCCCGCUGCCCCGGGGCGCCUUUGCCGUGGCCCACGAGGCCACCACCUGCAACGGCGAGAUCUACGUAUCCGGGGGCUCGCUCUUCUAUCGCCUGCUCAAGUACGACCCCCGGCGCGACGAGUGGCAGGAGUGCCCGUGCAGCAGCAGCCGCGAGCGCUCCGCCGACAUGGUGGCCCUCGACGGCUUCAUCUACCGCUUCGACCUAUGCGGGAGCCGUGGCGGCGACACGCAGGCCGCGGCCGGGCCGGGCGGCGGGGUCAGCGUCUUUCGCUACCACUGCCUGGCCAAGCAGUGGAGCCAGUGCGCGGCGCACCUGCGCCCCCCGGGCGCCCCCGCUGGCCUGCAGCCCUUCCGCUGCGCAGCCCUGGACGGCACCAUCUACUGCGUGAGCCGUGCGGGCACCUGGCGCUUCGUGCCCUCUCAGGACGGCGAGCCCAGCGGCGACACGGGGACCGGUGGCACUUUCGAGCCGGAGUCACUUGGAGCCCCCCUGGGCCGGGGUGUGCUUUUCCCGUUUGUGCUCAACCUGCCUGAGAAGUCGGACCGGGGGGAGCAGGGUGCAGCCUAG